GUGUUUCAGGUGGUACACGAGCUGUACGACUUCAUCAAUAACAGCACAGUGAUCGAGGAGGCAGAAGUAAAAACGAAAGCGCAUCGCCUUCUUAAGCACUAUGAAAAGCUACUGGUCGAGGCUGUCAAUUUCGAAGGUUACGACGAACAUGACGAUCUUCGACCAACUUAUCAGUGGACGUUUUCUGGGGCGUUGCUGUAUUCGAUCACCGUUUUCACCACAAUAGGGUACGGCCAUAUUUGCCCGAAAACAGACACUGGUCGUCUCAUGACGAUACUCUAUGCGAUGGUCGGCAUCCCUUUGAUGCUUUUGUGUUUAGCUAACAUCGCAGAGACGCUGGCACAGAUUUUCACCUACAUCUACUUCAAAGUCUGCUGUGCCUAUUGUCGUUGGCAACAAAAACGGCGGCGAAUCCGUCGUGCAGCGUUGUCAUUCCGCUACCAUCCGAACGCAGCCGUGAAUAACGUCCGGCGAGCUCAAUCUGGUCGAUCAGCUCAACGAUACACGACCGUACGACGACAUGCCUCAUUGAACAGAAGUCGAGGACGGUACCCGGACACCAAGAGUGUGCGGAGUUUCGGUCGAAAUCAGGAGGGUAGCCGUCACGAAAUGCAGCGUUUCGACACGAUUAGUCUACCAGGCCGACGGAAAAUCAGCCAUUCUCGAAGUCCUAAUGGCACGCUCUCCAGGAACGCGUUUCCCAAGAACGCUUGGUGCAAUUCUGUACUGCUGUUCAACGCCAAGUUUUUCAGCAGUGGUCGAUAUAAUCUACAAAAAUCUAAUACGGCUGUGAAUAUCGAACAAAUGACUAUGCAUGACCUCGAUGACAAGCGACAUCGACGACGGAAACUUCGAACGACCGCGUCUGAGAGCCCUGCCAGGGAGUUCAAAGGUGGAAUCCCGGUCCGAGCACAUCAUGAAGAUGGCGCUACUGAGAUGAAGGUCUACUCGGCGUCGUCGUUCCAUGAAAUCCCUCACGAAAGGCGAAGGCGUAGACCGGAGGAAGGCACGUCUAAUGUCCCGAAUGUGGUGAUUUCACGAAGUCGGGACGAUGAGGUCAAAGCACACAGUGACGUUGAACGAACUGAGGAGACCAGUGUGCAACUGUCCUUCUCCGAUGACGAUGAAAUCGACCGUAAGCCACAGUCGCGCGAUCCUAAUGACAUGGUGCGAGAUCUCGGCCGUGAAGUGACUCGUGAGGAAUCGCGUGAAGGACGUGGUGACCGAUACCAGCAUGGGCCGUCUAAACAACCCAGUAUGGACAGCUCGAUGUCAGAAGCCUGUAAACACUUCAGGUUACGCGACUUCGACGGUCGCUCCUACAGGUCGGACCGGUCCGAGCGAUCAGAUGAAAUGUCGUUGCACUCCAUGAGAAGACAGGGCUAUGGUCAUUCGAAAGAGAAAAUGCCAGUCAGUGUCGGUAUUUGUAUCGUGUUCGCUUUCAUAUCAGGUGGAGCAGUGCUGUUCAGUUGGUGGGAAGGUUGGAAUCCAUUUGACGGUGCUUACUACUGUUUUAUCACGCUCAGCACAAUAGGUUUUGGUGAUAUCGUACCUGGUCAAGCGUUGGACGAAGGAUCACAGGAGAAAUUGGUAGUAUGCGCGUUGUACCUCUUAUUCGGUAUGGCGCUCAUCGCUAUGUGUUUCAAAUUGAUGCAAGACGAUGUGGUACAAAAAGCACGGUGGUUAGGUCAGAAAAUCGGCAUCCUAGGUGAGUCAGAUUCGUAUCUCAAAUUCAUUUGGUCCUUUUAA